AUGCAGGAUCUUGCUCGUGAAGCCAAGAACCACGUUGGUAAUCCUCCAAUGAACCAAGCAACUUCGGAAGCUCCUAGUGUAGACAAAAAAGGAAAAGGCAAAGUUUAUCAACCAUCCAAUGAAGCAGUGGAAACUGAAAUUGAGCCCAUUGUUGAGCCAUUGCCCAUUAGGAGAAAGGAGAAAUCCAUUUCUUCUUUAGUUGGUCGGAAUGAAACCUCAAAUCCAACUGGUCCGAUUGCUCAUCAGAAAAGGGAGUACACCAGAAGAAAGUUUAUUUCUCCCCAGAGAGCUUCUCUAUCUAGGAUGGACUCUCCCAAAGUAGACAGCAAUAGUUCUCAAAUAUCAAGUAAUUCGAAUCUUUGUGCCGCCUUUGAGCCCUCAAUGAAACAAGUGGUGCAAAGCAGCCAAGAGCAUGGAGGGGAACCACCGAAAGAAAUAAACGACUCUCUGAAAUCUCUAGAUGAGUCAGCGAAAGGUGUAACAAAAUCUAGAUGUAGGAGGUCUGCUACCAAAAAGGCUGUUGCAUCCGAAAUCAAAACAAGUGAAUCAAGUGGUAUAGGAUCAGCAUCCAUAGAUAUUAGACCAAAAAAGUCUGAAAGAGGACGUCCAAGAAAAGAAGACAAAAAUGGUCUUGCUGAGGAUCUGAAUAUUCCCACACAAACUGUGGCUGAUUCUUCGAGUGUUUGUGGAAGAAAGCGCCAAGUUUGGUUCCAACUUGUUGGCUGUAAGAAGCAGGAAAGUUGUGGCCUUUUACCUCUAAUGUCUCCUCAAUAUCGAAGGGUUCGGAAUAGGCAGUCGGAGAUUGUUAGUAGCAACCAUCCUGAAUGA